AUGACUCGCGAGCUGGGAAGCUUGAUUGUUGGUUGCUUGGAGAAGUCGACCAGGCAGGGCAGGGCAGGGCACCGAACGCUUGGCUUCAUGCCCCUGUCCCUCCUCAUGAAGAAGCUUGGUCGAUCACUGUCGACUGCACACCCACCUCCUGAACCCUACGCCAAGAAAUCCCACCAGUGCAAGCGAGGAAGGGGAGGCGCCCGCUAA